AUGGCUACGUACCCAGACAUUAAACCACAGCAACCACAGCAACAACCGAGUUUGAAGCGUAUUCAUCAUUUUGCGCCAUUAGUACCUAAAAAGAGAACUUCUGUGCCCUCUAUUAAGAGCUCUUCUCUAAAUUCUUCAAAUCCUCCAAGAGAAAGGUCGAAAUCCACAUUAAUUGUUAAGACUUCAAGACAUUGGGUUUUGCCACCAAGACCUAGACCUAAACCUCAUAGGAAACCCUCGACAACGUGCCCUAGUACUGCUGAUACAGCCGCUUCGUCGCGAAACAAUACCACAAAAUUGGACACCAAUAAUAAUAACGUCACAAAAGUUUCUAAGAUUGACAACGAAAAGUCUUUGAGCAAGUUAAGCUCUCCAUCUGCUUCUGGUAAAAUCGUGUCCAAACCGUCUUUCGCAAAAUCAUCAUCUGUUUCUUCAAAAUUGGAAUCAAGACGAAAUAGUAUAAAUGCUAAUGCUAAUGCUAAUGCAAAUGCAAAUGCUAACAACAUUGAUAAUUGUCUCACAUUCUUGAAGUUCGAUGAAAUUAAUAAUAACGAUCAAGUUUCCUCUUCUUUAGCAACACAAUCUGAACCAAAAUCUCCACUAACAUCACCAGUAGAUAAAAAUUAUAACUUAUUAUCAAAGGUAGUAAAGGAUGGAGACGAAUUACUCUUAGAACAAUAUAAUCAAAUUCUAUCUCCUCCAUCUCCAUUAGAUUUGUCUCCUUUAUCACCAACUUCAUUAAGUGAAACACCAUCAGUAUUCUCGAAAAGUAAUUCCGUUUCAUUAUCAAUGAAAAAUUACUCCUCCUCUGCUUCCAAAUCUCCUUCAAUAACCUCUAACUUUUCAUUAGAAAAUCAAACAAUAGAUUCACAUAUCGCUAACGAUAUUAACAGAAGAGCAUCUGCUCCAAUAACAUUACAAGGUUCAUUAAAAUCCAAAACGAUAACGAAAACAAAAACGAAAACGAAAACCAAAUCAAGGCCAAACCCAAAACCAAAAUCAAGGCUUUCAACUUGUACUGAUUCAUCAUCAAUGAUAGAAAACAAUACUCAUAAUAACAACAAAACUGUUUCAAAUGAAUACUCAUUAGAUUCUUUGACUUAUAUUGACCAAGAUAAUUUAGGUCUAAAUUAUUAUGAUAAUAACACUCAUAACGAAUUGUUUGAUUUACAACAACAACAAUAUCAUAAUGAUAAUAGUCCAUUUGAAAUAAAUAUUGGCAAUAAAAAUAAUAAUGAACAAACAAUUAACCAAGGCAAUAACUUCAUAUUAGAUAUCAUUAACGAAUAUAACAAUACUACCACUACCACUACAAACACAAACAAUAAUAAUGCUGAAUUGAAUGAUUAUGAUUGUAUAUCAAUGUCUAACGAUUCAGUUUUCGAUUUCGGUAACACUAAUAACAACAAUAACAACAACAACAAUACAUCGAAGGAUAUCGAUCAUCAUCAUAUAGUACCAAGUUUUCCAAACUAUAGUUAUGACCCUUCUAGCAUGUCAAUGAGUAUAGAUUCUUCGGAAACAUUGACUCAAGAUCAUGGAUUCCUAUUUGAUUGUAAUAAUAAUAAUAAUAAUAGUAAUUAUAACUUAUCAAGAGUUAACGAUGGUAUUGAUGACAGUGUAACAAUAAAUUCAAAUUCAACAUAUAAUGGAUAUAUUCCACCAUCAUUAGAUGAAUUGAUCGACGAACAAGAGAUUAUCAAUAAUCCUGUUAAGAAAAACUUCAUAAAUGGAACCAAUACACUAGAACCAACCAAUUCUAGUAAUGGUUUAGACUCUUUAUUUAAAAUGUUAAUUAAUGAUUUAACGACCACUCCAACGAAUAUUAAUAAUGAUCGUACUACUACUACCACUACUAAUAAUAACGAACAAUCUAACGAAUUUGAUGACUACUUGAUCGAUGACUUAUCAUGA